AUGUGGUUUGAAGCGCGUAAGCAAGAAAAGAAAAUUCGAUCAAUCAUGAUUGACCACAAGAAAAGGGCUGAAAGGCGACGCUUGUUUUACGAACGAAUUGUAAGUUGCUUACACUUCAAAAUGUAUCAUUUGUUUUUGCAAUGUAAAAUUAUUUUUCACGCUCUCCGUUGGAAUUUUCUAAUUUUGUUUGUUGAAGCAUAUGCUGCAGAAGAUCCUGAUGUCCAGAAGCAGGUUAUUUAA